AUGAGGCUCAUAAAUGCUGAUUCCCUCCAGUUGGAGGAAAUCUUUGACGACGACAUGCCUCAAUACGCGAUUCUCUCUCACAAUUGGAAAGAGAUGAAGUUACGUUUCAAGAUCUCUGCUGGCUCCACGAAUACGAGGAGAAUCGCGAAGCCUUUGCUUCUUUUACGAAAACGGUCCGACAAGAUUGUCCAGAGCGCACGCCUUGCAAAAGAACACCAUUUUCAAUAUGUUUGGGUCGACACGUGCUGUAUAGACAAGAGCAAGGCGGAUACAUGUCUUGUGUUUUUGUCGGAUUUUGGGCCAGAUAAUGCCAUGACCGCCCUUUUCGAGUUCGCACAGUGCAGGUGGUUUACGAGGGGACAUUGGGAGCCCGUAGGAGUUAGCAACUCCUUGCAAGAUCAAAUCUCGGAAAUCACUGGCAUACCAAGGACUAUCUUGGCACAUGAACGUUCGUUUAAAGAUGUUUGCCUAGCAUGGAGAUUGUCGUGGGCAAGUAGGAGACAGGCUUCACGCAAAGAAGAUAUGGCGUACUGUCUCCUUGGUCUCUUCGACAUCAAUAUGUCUAUAUUGAGAAGAACAGAACUCGUCGCAAUGCAAAGAUCGAGGUCUCAGGUGCAAAGGAGGGGAAAUCUGAGCAUCAUAGGACGAGAAACACAAGCCACAUACGCGAAGCAAUUUCGCAAUCACAACAUGUCCCAUUAA